AUGGCCACCACGGCAACGCCGACCCUCACCACCUCCGUCCUCGGGAAACGCACUCGCCCGAGUGCAGCAAAAGAUCUUGUUAUCCAUCUUGCUGGCAGUGACCCUAUCACCGAUCAUGAAACCGAGCAGUCGGAUGAUCACGACACUGACUGGCACCCGCAGGAGUCGGUAGGAGCCGAUGCUGAGUCGGAAGAAGACGCUGGUCCCUCUACCUCGACUCAGGAUCUCCUCGUGUAUGGCCCGGCCUCGCCUAGAACCAGCAGGAAAUAUGCUUGCACUUACGAAGGGUGCACCAAAGCCUAUACCAAACUCGCGCGUUUGGCCGAGCAUGAGCGGAUUCAUACUGGGGAGCGCCCGUACAUUUGCAAGACCUGCCACAAGUCAUAUACCCGCGAAACCCACCUCCAAGCGCACGCGCGUACCCAUCUUCCAAACUCGAGCAAACCAUUUUUCUGCAAGGAGGACGGAUGCGCAAAACGCUUCUGGACGGCUCAACACCUAGCAAGGCAUCUGGACUGGCACAACGGGGAGAAGCCGUUCAAGUGCCCCGAACCAGAGUGCGGUCAAGCUUUCAGCAAGCAACACCAGCUUCGAAGCCACUUCGCCGGGACCCACGCCCCGGAAAGCACCAAGUCAUUCAUAUGCGCGCACGCAGGGUGUACCAAGUCAUUCGCGACCACACAGAAGCUCAGGGCUCACCAGAAAGUGCACGAAGACAAGCGCUAUACAUGCGUUCACCCCUCUUGCCUUGCCACAUCCACCGACGGGUCCCACACGACUGAGCCAACCUACUAUCCGAGAUGGACCGCUCUUCAACACCACGUCCGCACUGCACACCCCCCUACGUGCCCACACUCGUCCUGCAAUGGAAAGACGUUCAAACACCAGCGCGGUCUCCGUGCCCAUCUGAAGCUGCACGAGGAGCGCGAGGCUGAAGGACGACUUGAUGCCUCAGUGGUCGCCGAAGAAGAUGCAGGCACAGAGGAUGACGAGCGGCCAGUGAAGAGGAGGAGGGGCGGGGAGUACGGGAGAGAUUGGAAGUGCGAGGUACCGGGCUGCACCAAGGACUUCAAAUCCCAAAAAGCGCUCGACGUUCACAACAAGAUCAACCAUCUCGGUCGACGGGACUUCGUCUGCGCGGAGGCGUCUUGCGGACGAGCGUUCGGAUACAAACAUCUACUACAGCGACACACUGCCAAAGUCCAUGCUUCCGCUACCCGCGGCGCCGAGACUGACGCGGACUCGGGAGAAGAGGACGAGACCGAUCAUGGAAACUCAGGACAACACAUCAUCGAUAUCGACGACAUCACAGGUUUGGCAUACUCUACCACGGCGCAGGAGAAACUCAAAGCAGCACGCGCCUUGCGAUGUCCACACCCGCACGCCGAUCUCGCGAUCACGGGAGGGGAUGAGGGCGCGGAGGCGGAGGCGGGUGAUUGCGAGUACGUUUUCACGCGUGCGUAUGAUCUCCGGCGGCAUCUCAAGGCGGUGCAUGGCGUUGAAAAAGGGAAGGAAGAAGUGGAUAGGUGGAUGCGAUAUACGAAGGCCCGCCGAGCCCUUGCGUAG